AUGGCGAACAUAUCAAGUUUGACCGCACGCGAGGCUCUAAAAGAGCCCUUGCCCGACCUACCAGGCAAGGGCUCUUUUAGAGCCUCGCGUGCGGUCAUGCUUGUUGUGUUCGCCAUAUUCCGUGCGUACCCUGCAGCCAUGCCUAACUUCGAGGCUGAGAUUAUCAACAGUUUCAACAGUCAGACCUGGAGCCAGCAAAUGAUGUCCUGA